UCGUCCUCCCACCCAAUUGUCCUUGCUAGCUCUCCAGACGGCACUAUAAUUGCCUAUGAUGCUUAUUUAGGUGUCAGCAUAGCACACUUCACUGGUUGCCGGUCACCUAGGAAAGGCCUUGUGAUUGCAGGAACCGAUCUGGUUGCUGCCUCUCAUGUUUCCCCAGACACUGGUGCAGGCUCCAUUUACCUCUAUAACUGGUGGUCUUCAACUGUUGCCAACCAGAUCCCUCUCACUGAACCUGUUGGUCCACUUGCUGUAACUCUUGAUGGUGCACAUAUUUUGGCUGGUGGCAUUUCAGGCCAUAUCCAUGCCGUGUCACUCCCUGCAGGUCACCUAGUCCAAACAUUUCCUGCUCACUCCAAACAUGUAUCUUGCCUUGCAGUCAGCAAUGAUGGCACUCUUCUGUUCUCAGGCAGUGAUGAUGGAACAAUUGCAGUUUAUGCAGUUUCUCGUGUUCUAAAUCCCUCACGUGGCAGCCAAUUUCCGUUGCGCUACUUCGCGGGGCAUGACUCUACUGUGACUUCCAUCACUUCAGGGAUUCGAGCUUCAAACUGCGCCUUGGUCUCAUGCUCCCUGGAUUACACAUGUAAGUUUUGGAGCCUCAUGCAUGACACCCCCCUGUAUACAGUAGCAUUCCCAUGUACAGUUUGGGGGGUGGAAAUGGAUCCAUCCGAUUCUGAGUUUUAUGCCGCAGGAUCGGAUGGUUUCGUGUACAGUGGAACACUUAGGUUAGGAAGGAGAAACCCGGCAAGACAAAAACAGGUGUUAGUCCCAUCGCCAUGGGGAAAGCAGCAUGAUGGAGCAGUGAUUGCCUUAUCAAUGAUGAAUGGGGGUCAAUUUUUGGCCACUGCUUCAGAAAAUGGGAGCAGCAUUUGGAUAUGGAACGUCUCAACAAAACAGGUUGUUAACGUCCUGGGUGAAAGAAUGGGGGGGUGCAUUAGCGAAUUGAUCGUGGCUAAAGUGUACACUGGUGACACUGGUGGCAGGAGGUCUGGACUUAAUGCUGGCCAAGGUAACGAUGGAAGUGAUUCUGGGUUUGCCAGCAGAGAGCUGAGUAGGCCCAUAAGGGACGUGAUGAACAUGGAACAGAUGGCGGGGGCUCAGGAACAGGACAGGAACAAAUCUGUUUCUAUCCUCGGAUCAACAAUCAAGACAUACAAGAAACUCUGGAAGCACAUUGGCAAGGAAGCCAAAGGAGGAACCAGCUCUGGUAGCGGUCAUGAAGCAGAAGAUGAUGAUGAUGAUAAAUGAAUACCGUUUGUCUCAUUUGCUAGACAACUAUAUGAGUCAGUUAAUA